AUGGAUCUCCAGCCCGACGCCAUCGUGGUCCUGCAAUUCUCGCCCGCUGCUACAAACGGCCAUCCGCCCUGCUACAAACGACUGUCCGCCUUGCUACAGAAGGUCGCCGAUACUGCUACAGCGCCGCCGGCGUGGUUCGAUGCACUGCAGGCUGUGCUGGCCCGGGCAGUAUACGAGUCAGGUCUGAGAGAGGAGCCGUUGGGCUUGUCCGUUUGUGUAAGACCCGUUGGGUUUGGCAGUUUAUGCCUGGAAACGAAUAUCGCUACAGGCAUCGUGCCAUUUUCUCUCCUCUGCCCCGACCUCCAUCCUCGGUCCUCCCCCAAUCCCUGCACAUCGUUCGAUUCCCCUGACCCUGCCCGCUCCGGCGACCGGCGGCGUCCGGCGGCAGCGCUGCCCCGACCUCCACACUCCCCAAAUCCCGGCACUUCCAGUUUGUCUCUUCCCUGCAAAGCGAGAACCACCCGUCCCCCUCCCCCGACCCUGCCCGUUCCGGCACCCGCCAGCGACUGGCGGCGACCGGCGGCGCCCUCUGCAGUGCUGCCCCGACCUUCCACCCUCCUCCCGAUCCCUGCAGAUCGAGUUUGGCUCUUCCCGGCGGCCGGUGGAGCGCCCCAGCUCCCCUGCAUCGACGGUUUUUUUGUACCGUUCCGUGUCUCUCACCGCCUGAAUCCCAGAGCUUCCCCUACUGCCUCUUCUCCACGCCUCCACCCCUCGACUUGCCAAGAACCACUGCCCAGUCCACACGCCGGCGGUGCCACGUUCCCGCUGCAGGAGUGGGCGACAGAAAGUCGCCGUGAAAGAAGAGCAAGCACCGCGCUAGAUUUCGAGCGCAAGAUAAAAACUUCAAUCGGCGUCCGUGUUCAUGGCCAGCAAGGGGAACAACGCGGGGAGUUCGCAGGACGAGUCCUCUGGAAGGGGUCUUCCAAUGUUGCCCUGCCCACGGUGCGGUGCUUCGCCAUUGACAUGGGGAGUGUGCGAGAACGGCAAGAACGCUGGAAAGGAGUUCUUCAAGUGCUGCAGGAACCUGAGCGAAUUUUCGCCAUGCAGGUUUCUUCAUAUGGAAGGACACAUAUAUUGAGGACCUGAGGUCUUCGAGGAUAAUGGCAGCAGUUCCAUCUGGCGUCUUCGAAACCCAGAUUGAGUCUGCACCUGUUGUGGCGUUACCAUCAUCAGACAGCUUGGUGGAGGUGCUUAACCAUCUCCGCGAGAUGAACGAGGGCAUAGCCGACAUAAGAGCAGGUGUAGCUGAGGCAAGAUCGGCGUACAAGGGGUUCUGCGCCGCCAAAAAGACGUCCAGGAUCAUUGCGAUUACCCUGGUCGUAGUUUGGAUUGGCUGCGUCCUCGCUAAGUUCAUUCAGAUGUGAUUCUUAUUUUUGGGUAAGAAUUAUAGUAGUGUCAGAUCUGAUUUAGUCUAGGAAUGUCGUGUAGGGCUAAUCUGUUUCAAGGAUGAUUUUGCUUUUUGGCAGGCUGCCAUGUACCAGAUUGUAAGAGCGACUAAUGGUUGAAGUGUAUGAUUUUUUCUAUUUUAUAAUGCAGAUUGAAAGGUUGCAUUUUUCA